AUGCCUAUUCGAAGUAGCCAAGUGAUUAUUCAGAAUGUUUGGCUAAAGAAUAAAAACAUUAGGGUGGCUGAUUUGGAUUUCGGCAAAUGCUUAGCUGAAGAUGGAAGGUCUAUCAAGUUAAAUGUGGAAAAAGUUAUGGAGAAUUCAAAAAAACUUGAGAAGUCAUUGGUGGUAAAAAUCUUUGGUUGUGAUGUUACUUUUGCUUCAAUAAGCUAUGAAUUAAGGAGACAGUGGAGUCAAUAUGGUAAGUUCCAUCUUAUGGUGCUCGAGAAGGGAUCGAUUCUUUGCUCGUUCUUUGAGCUUGAACAUAUGGAGGCAGUGCUAACCAAUGGACCCUGGUUUGUUAAUGGGAACAUUGUGGGGAUUGAAAAAUGGACUCAAAAGUUUGAUCUGAAUUCACUUAAAGGGUUAUCUGCUCCUAUUUGGAUUAGAUUUCCAAACCUUACACUACAUUUUUGGGAUGAGAUAAACAUUUGCCGCAUUGCUUCUAUGGUGGGCAAGACUUUUUUAAUUGACGUCAAUAUGUUCCAGUGGUCCAAAAGAAAAUUUGGAAGGGUUUGUGUCCAUAUAGAUUUGGAUGCUAAACUAUCUACUGGAGUUUGGGUUGAAGAUGAUGAAGACAAAUUUUUCCAGAGAAUUGAAUAUGAAAGGCUACCAAAUCUAUGUUUUGAAUGUGGAAAAAUUGGCCACGGAAAGAAUGAAUGUGCCUUAGCUAGAAUGGAAAACAGGUCCAAUACUUCAAAGCAGGUUAAUUCUAAUGUUAGUAAUUCAGGUAGAAAUGAUAAAGUAAUCAAAAACUGGGAGGAAAUGAAUUGA